AUGAGUGGAAAAAAAUAGUGUUUUUAUGAGGUUUUAGGAGUUUAAAAAACUGCUUCCGUUGAUGAAAUUAAAAAAGCAUACAGAAAGCUUGCUUUGAAAUGGCAUCCUGAUAAAAAUUUGAAUAACAAAAAAGAAGCUGAAGAAAAGUUUAAAAUCAUUUCAGAAGCUUAUAGUAUCCUUUCUAGCUAAGAAAAGAGGGAUCAUUAUGAUAGAUAUGGCCAUGAAGAACCCCCAUAGCCUGACGAAUAUUACAGAGGAAAUGCAGAUGAUUAUUAUGCUGAUGAUGGAGAUGAUGGAUUCUUUGAAGCCGAAUUCGUUUUUGUAGACCCUUCCAAUUCAAGAAGAAAAGGAAAGGGAAAAAGCAACAGAAAUAGAGGAGGAUUUUCAUACUAACCUUUCACUUUUGCUAAUGCUGAACAAAUAUUUAGAGAAUUUUUCGGAUCUGAUUUUGGAUUUGGAAUGUUUGAUGACGAUGACGAUGAUGAUGACUUUGGUGCAUUUGACAUGUUUGGAUUUGGAGGAAUGGGCAAAAAGAAAUAAAAAAAGAAUAGCAGAAAAUACAAUAAAAACGAUGAAGAUUACAAUGACUUUUUUGGAGGUGGCAUGAUUAAUUCUAUAAUGAAUGAUUUUAUUUCUGAUAGUUUCUUCAGUAGAGUGGGUUAAAAUAUGAUUUAGUCUUCCUCAUAUUCAUCUAGCUCAAAUUACAAUGGCGGCAAUUCAAGAGGAGUGCAAAAAAGCAUAACAACAACUACACAAAUAAGAAAUGGAUAAAAAUAUACUGUCAAGAAAAUUGUAACAAGAGAUUAAUAUGGAAAUGAAAACGUUUAAAUAACAGAAGAGUAAGAUGAUUAUAAGCAACCAAAGCAAUUGUAUAGCUAAUAUGAUUAGCAUGAUAAUCGUAGUACAAACAAUAAUAGAUUAACUCAUUAAACACAUUCUAAUUAGCUAAAAAAUCACUAAAGAGAAGACCGUUUGCAGGAUGAGAAGCCGAAAUAAUAAAAGUAAAAUAAAUUUUAUGACAUUGAAGACGAAGAAGAAGAGUCAUAUUCUUAAGCCUCUUCUUAGAAAUACAGCAACAAUAAACCUUUAAAUUAUAAUAAUAAUAAUAACUAUAAUAAAUAAUAAGAUUAAUUCAGUUAGAAGUCUUCUUCAAAUCAAUUUAAGGAAAAGAAUUUUUCUAAUUAAAUGAAUAAUUAACCAAGCAAAAAAACUAGUAACAAUUAUGAAUUUGACAAAUACUCGAACACCUCAAGCUAAAAAUCUUAUAAUUCCAGCUAAAAAUCAUCAUAAACAUAAAGUACUAAUAAGGAAUAAUAAUUUAAUAGCAACAUACCUAGAUAAAACACCUAAAAGUAAUUUAAAAAUUAAUACUAGAACGAAGAGGUAUAAAGCAAUUACAGUAAAUCUAAAACAUCAAAUAGCUAGUAUAAUAGCAAGUAAUCAAAUAAUAGUCAAUAAUAACAACAAUAAUUAAAUUCUAAGUAUACUUACAAAAAUUAUAAAUGA